GCGCCCGCCGCCGCCGCCGCCUCGCGCCCCGGCCGGGCGUGGAUGGAGGGCGCCGCGCGCCCUGCCCGCUGCUCGGCGUGACGCGGGCCCCCGCGCCCCGCGCCCACCAUGUCCUACCCGCAGGGCUACCUGUACCAGGCGCCCGGCUCGCUGGCGCUCUAUUCGUGUCCGGCGUACGGCGCGUCGGCGCUGGCGGCGCCGCGCAGCGAGGAGCUGGCGCGGUCGGCGUCGGGCUCGGCGUUCAGCCCCUACCCCGGCUCCGCGGCCUUCACCGCGCAAGCGGCCACCGGCUUCGGCAGCCCGCUGCAGUACUCCGCCGACGCCGCCGCCGCCGCCGCCGGCUUCCCGUCCUACAUGGGCGCGCCCUACGACGCACACACGACCGGGAUGACGGGCGCCAUCAGCUACCACCCUUACGGCAGCGCGGCCUACCCUUACCAGCUCAACGACCCGGCCUACCGCAAGAACGCCACGCGGGACGCCACGGCCACGCUCAAGGCCUGGCUCAACGAGCACCGCAAGAACCCCUACCCCACCAAGGGCGAGAAGAUCAUGCUGGCCAUCAUCACCAAGAUGACCCUCACGCAGGUCUCCACCUGGUUCGCCAACGCGCGCCGGCGCCUCAAGAAGGAGAACAAGAUGACGUGGGCCCCCAGGAACAAAAGUGAGGACGAGGACGAGGACGAGGGCGACGCGGCGAGGGGCAAGGAGGAGAGUGCGGACAAGGCGCACGAGGGCACCGAGACGUCGGCGGAGGACGAAGACGGAGAGAAGCUGCCCUGCCGCGCCGGGGACCCCCUGUGCGAGUCGGGCUCGGAGUGCAAGAAGUACGACGACCUGGACGACGACGACGACGACGACGACGACGAGGACGAGGACGGCGAGCGGGACCUGGCGCCGCCCAAGCCCGUGACCUCGUCGCCGCUCACCGGCGUGGAGGCGCCGCCGCUGCUGAGCCCCCCGCCCGAGGCAGCGCCACGCGGGGGCGGGGGCGGCAAGACGCCGCUGGGCAGCCGGACGUCGCCAGGCGCGCCGCCGGCCGCCAGCAAGCCCAAGCUGUGGUCUCUGGCCGAGAUCGCCACGUCGGACCUCAAGCAGCCGAGCCUGGGCCCGGGCUGCGCGCCGCCCGGGCUGCCGGCGGCCGCCGCGCCCGCCUCGAGCGGGGCGCCGCCGGGCGGCUCGCCCUACCCCGCGUCGCCGCUGCUCGGCCGCCACCUCUACUACACUUCGCCCUUCUACGGCAGCUACACAAACUACGGGAACUUGAACGCGGCGCUGCAGGGCCAGGGGCUGCUUCGGUACAACUCGGCGGCUGCGGCCCCCGCAGAAGCGCUGCACGCCGCGCCAAAGGCCGCCAGCGACGCGGGCAAGGCGGGCGCGCACCCGCUCCCGGAGCCCCACUACCGGCCCCCGGGCGGCGGCUACGAGCCGAAGAAAGAUGCCAGCGAGGGCUGCACCGUGGUUGGUGGGGGCAUCCAGCCCUACCUAUAGAAGGGCCGAGACAGCAAUGCAAGUAAGUGGGCUCCCUGGGGUCCCCCCUCCCCACACCCCAUGCGGAACCUUCCGGCACCAAUUGCCCAGCAAAUUCGCUGAAUGUGUGUUUCUUGCUUCUUGUCAUGGGGUCUGAGGACAGAGCCUUACUUCUCUCCCUCUUUUUUCUUUUCUUUGAGUGGGAGAGGAUUAUGCUCUUUUUGAGAACUCCUCUCUUUUUUUUUUUGGCUCAAAUUCUGCUUAAAAAAAAAAUCACUCCUUCAACUGGAAUUGCACGUAUCGCACCGCUGCUGCUGUUUUCUCUUUGGAAAAACCGAUUCUUAAAAUCUGGGUGUUUGUAUGCAGUUUGGAACCUUAAGAAACUACGAUAGACACUUAAAAGGCACUUGCUUUCAUGAGCUAGUGCUCCUGAAACUGGGGGUAUCAGACCCCUUUUUAGAUGACAUUUGCAGCCAGACUGGAGAGUCUUUUUAUCAGGCCUGUCCCCGUGUCCAGAUGGACUAGAUAGGACCAGCAGUUUGCCUGGCUGACAGUAGUAUCUCAAAAAGAAAACUACUUUACAAGUAGGCAGAAUUACUCAUCACAGAUCUUGAAGGUGGGCAAGAAGCGAAGCCUUUUGAGAUGGACCCUUUUUAGAAUGUGGUGACUGGUACUGGUGGGGGCUGAAGGAUUUGGGGGAUGACUUGGUUUUUUCCUUGGUCCACAGGUAGGUGUCACAAUUGCUUUGGAAAAAAAAAAAGCCAGCAGGCCAUUCUCUCCUCCCAAGUUCAUAAAUAUACAGAUAUAUAUAUAUAUAUAUAUAUAAUGACCUCUAAAUCCGGACCACAUCUCGUGCCACUGUAAAAGGAAGGAUCCACAGGGCACUGCCAGCCCAGACUCUAUCGGAACAGACUUUUGUUGGACAUACGUGAAUUUGUUGGCAUAGUAUAGCUUCCCCAAUGUAUGUGUGACUUUUGAAAACAAUCUUUUUUCUCAGGAUAUCUUGAAUUGAUCACUUCAUUGCCACGGUAUAUAUUCUAUAGGUGUGAUAGGAUUUACUGUAAAAUUUAUUUGUAAAAGAUGUACACAGUAGAAAUAAAACGUGAUUAUAGAACUUGAGUACUUAAGAAGUGGAAACAAAUUUGAUAUUUAUUUUUAUAAUGAUAUAAAGCUUCUAGUAAUUUAUGCAAGUUGUAUUGCAAUGGAAUCUAAACCUUUUGUAAAUAAAUUCUGCCUGGUUUUUAUUUGAACAUUGCUGGUUAUACAAUCUUUGUUGGUUGUUUAACAAGAAUUCUUUACUAAUUUAUAUCUUAAAUUGUAAAUAAAAACAAACUAGUCUACA